UGAGAGGAAACUACAGAAAGCAAACACAGGCCAACUGAAAUAGAGAGAGACAGAGUGUAGUGAGAAAGGGUGAGAGGAGGGGCAUGUAAAUAGAUAGAGGCAGAGAGGAGAGGGUGAAGAAGAGGAGGAAUGGGAGGAGAGGAAAGGGGGAAUGCUCGCCUGUGAAGGGGCUUUUGUAUUCAAGAUAUUUUGGAGGGGCGCGAAUGAGAGAAAGGAAGAAAGAGGGAAGGGGGAGCUUGAAAGAGAAAAGGAGAGGGAGGGAAACGGGGAGAUGGGUGAGGGGGGAGAGUUGUUGAUGGGUUUUCAAUUUGUGUGACUGAGGGUGGAGAGAGGUAGACGGGAAGAAAACAAAAUGCAGAGACACAGAGAGAGAGUGCAGGCUACAGAACAGAGUGGGGCAGAACAACUUGACUUAUCUCCGUCUUUCUCAACACCACCUAUUCAGGAGGAAGGAAGCAAAGAGAGGCAACAAACCCGAGAGAGUUGGCAGAGAGAGCAGCAGUGGAAAUAGAAGCACAGGAGUACAGAAAGAAAGGCAGCCCAUCCAGCCACCAAACUUAACAGAGGGAGGAAGGAGAGAGACAGUGAGGGAGACGGCAAGAUAAACCCCAUCCUUCUGAGAGGUCACACUGCGUGGAAUGACCCUGUCAUGAUGCCAAAGCCGUGCCACACCCCACGCCCAGGGGACCAAGGAGGGCGUGUCUGGCUAUCAGCCAUCUACAGAAGGAGCCCCAAUAGAGUUAUUUCUGAUUCCAGUUCAGAGAUAUUUUAUCUCAAGAGCCUCCUGCAUUACUGACCAUCUGCCCCUCUGGUCGUAGCCUCUUUGCACAUCUCCUGCUUUCUCCGGAGUCUUUACCGUUUCCUGAUUACCUACCCUGGUAUGUUGGCGUUGUUUUGUGGCUGCUGCCAUGGAGAUAAACAGACUUCUUUAGUACACCAUUUCAGAGACAACCUCCAGAUGUUGUGCCAGAUGCAGGUUGUCCAGGCGGGCAUGAUUAGACAAGGACUGGAACAUAGGUGCUGUGUGGCUCAGCUUCAUAGUUCACAUUUUUUGACGACAUCACAGCAGGAAUUAUAGGACUUCCUAUUCCUGUGGAACAUCUAACUCCGCCUCCUGGCACCUGUGAGGCACUACUUCACCCUAUUGCAAGUUAAUCAAGAAUCUUAUUCGCCAGAAUAGAAACCAUGCGGCACAUUCACGUCGAGUUAGCCCACAAAAAGGCUCCAUUAGAGCUUCCAGCCCAGGAGGGGGACCUGCCUCCACCGACAGCCCCAACACAGGGCCUAGACCCUGGUGUCAGACCGGGGGCACCCAGGCAUUUUGGCCAGGAGCAGUUGCGGCUCCAAAAGGUCUACCAACUCUCCAUUUUCUCCCAGUUGGGGGGAUUUUCUACCUCCACAGAACCCCACACUGAUACCCAACAGAGGCAUGUCCGGUUGGGCGUCAAAAGGGGGCUAGAGGAGCCCCAAUUGACUCAUAAGCGCCCCCACCUGGGGGAUUCCUCAGACAAAGAAGCGUUAGAGGAAGGGGUGCUGUGUGGGCCAGCCCCAGCUCAAGGUGUUGGGAUGGGGUUAGCAAUGGGCCCUGGAGGGCCUGGUUCUGUAUACUCUUGCACACAGAUGGAGCACAGAGACUCUGAGGGGGGACUCUCACCCAGGUCUCCACCCCUCUCCCCAAGCCACAACCCCUCCCGACGCCCAACUCAGCACAAUCAUGACAGGCCCAUUCCUGAUGUAUUUGCUCCACUCUCACCUAAAUCCCCCCCAAUGUGUGACCCACAUGGACUUCUUUCUGACCAGGGCCAUGCCUUUGGUAACUCGGCAAGGACUGAUUCACCUAACGGGGGCCACACACCCACCUACUCACCAGGCAGCCCUGCAAAUGAGAACUGUGGUAAUGGGAACAGCUUAUCUGGAGGCCAGCCCAGCCCACGCCUAUAUGACAUGUCCACAUACGAGACCCCCAACCCUGCCAGCCCCACCAGCCCUCCCGGGCCUUUCUCCCCCCCACAUCACACAGAGUUGCAGGAGCCAGGGGAGGCCACCGAAUGGGAUGUUGGACUUGAAUCCUCCCCACCUGAGCGAAGUGCAACCCAGACUGCCUCCUCAUCCUCCAACGGCCUGGCUUCCUUGGAGAAAACUCCAAGCAGUAAUGGCCACCGCUUGUCCUCUGGUGGCCACUGGCCAGCCAAAAAGAGGCUGCUCUCCCCAAGUGACACUGGGGACUCAUGCUCAGAAGACGAGGGACCCUCCACUUCCAAGAGAAGCAGGCUGUCAUUGCUGGCUCCAGGACUUGGCCCGACCUCCUGUCGCAGCACUGAUUCUAAAGCUGCCCCAUAUUGGAACCACCUGCUGCCCUCUGCAUGGGACCGGCCUAAGACCGCAACAGAUUGCACAAGAUCAGGGAGAAGACUAAAAAGUGGACUGCGGCUGAAAAGUCGGCAGCUGCGCAGCGGCAGACACACAGACACCAGCCGCUCCACACGCUCCACCUGGCCCUCAUCUUCCAUCAGCAGAUCGCUACUCGGCAACUUUGAGGAGUCCAUACUGAAGGGAAGAUUCUCCCCCUCAGGGAGGAUAGAGGGGUUCACGGCGGAGAUCGGUGCCAGCGGCUCUUAUUGUCCGCAGCACGUCACCCUGCCGGUGCAGGUUACAUACUACGACAUCUCAGAGCACAGCGCACCCUCACCCUUCCUGGGUGUGAUUUCCCUCGAGCAUCUUGGAAAGAAAGGAUACAGCAUACCCAAAGCAGGGACCAUUCAAGUGACCUUAUUUAAUCCCAACAAAACUGUGGUGAAGAUGUUCCUGGUGACCUACAACUUUAGUGACAUGCCAGUUAAUCACAUGACCUUCCUGCGCCACCGUAUCUUCUUGGUGCCCGUAGAGGAGGAGGCUGAAGGAAAGGGCGAGGCGCCUUCAGGGAGCGCAGUGGUAGAAAGGAGGAAGAUUCUCUGCUACCUGAUACAUCUCAGAUUCCAGAGCUCCAAAUCUGGGAAGAUCUACUUGCACAAUGAUAUCCGGCUGCUAUUCUCCCGCAAAUCCAUCGAAGUAGACACAGGGAUCCCUUAUGAGCUGAAAUCUUUCACCGAGGUGCCAAGAAACCCUAAAUACUCCCCCCGCGUGUGAUCCGAGCUUCACCUUUUGACCCUCCCCAACGCCAAUGCAGUCCCUCCUGUGAUUCCUAACGAGGAGGGAGGGAAAAGACAGACUGCUAGAAUGAUGGACGCAAAACUUGAUAAGACUUGAUGAGAUACACCACAUGCACACAAGACACACAUGCACACAUAAUACAGUGUGGUGAUAUCAAAAAUCCCCCUUUAUGCAUUUAUUCUCCAUUGAAAUGUAGACAGUCAAAAGACAUUAGUGAUAAAAACGUCACUCAAGCAAACAUAGCAUUCCUUGUAUCUCCCAUUAGUUGAAAGUAUGAAAAGAAUUACAAAUAUUGGUGUUAAAGCAGUCCAGCAUGCAUGCAGUCAAAAUCAGGACGUUUCCGAAAACCUUCAUCUGUAUGAGAAAAAAAGAAAUGCACAAAAUACUGACACACACACACACACACACACACACACACACACACACACACACACACACACCAAAAGAGACUGUCAAGACUCACACUCAGCACAUACUUCGCACGUCACAGCUGAAACACUUCUUGUGGUGACUCUCUGAGUUUAGUGUUAACAUGCAUGCCUUGUGACUUAAACACCUGCAUUUUCCUCUAGUGCCGUAUCACACUGUCCUUCACUCUGCCUGCAGCUCCAAGAGAUUUGUCAAGAGGCACAAACAAUAAGCACAUCCCUGAUUGCAGGGUGAAGAAAAUAACGUCCCCCUCCCCCACUUUUCACACACACUUUCUGACUGGCAGAGAGGAGAUGAGCAGAGACACAAACACUA